GGCGGCGGCGGCGGCGGGGGAGGGCGGGGGGAGGCCGCGGGUGACAGAUGUACUCCUCUGACAGCUCUCAGUAUCAGCCCAGUGGCUCCCUGCCAUUGGCUCAGUGCAAUGGACCGGCAACGCCGCUCAAUAUAAUAACACUCAUGCCUGCCAGCAGCAGCAACUCCGAGUGCGGGCGCCGAGCGCGGGGGAUGCUGCUGCUGCCGCCGCCGCCGCCGCCACUGCCGCUCGGGCGGCUUCCGCUGCCCGGCUCCGCUCGGCCGUGCUGCGGGCACUGACUCGCGCUCCGCUCGGCGCGCUUGGCCGGCCCCUCCCAUCCCGGGAUCCUCCCGCGGGGCGCAUCGCCCCGAGGCGAUUUAGAAGAGAAACAGACUGAGAGGAAGAGCGCGGCGAGCAUGCGGAGGCGGAGGAGUCUGGGCUCGCACGGCAGAGGCGAGUAGUGAGUCUGUCUCCGGAGGGCGUGCGAGAGAGGCGGCGGUUCGCCCUCCUGGUGGGUCCCUAGCCCACCCUCCUCGGGCCCCGGCGCGCUGCGGCUGUGGGCGAGGGGUGCGUGGAAGCGGCGGCUGCGGUGGAGGAGGUGGCGGCUGCCCCAUGGAGUGUUACUACAUUGUCAUCAGCUCCACGCAUCUCAGCAACGGACACUUUCGCAACAUCAAGGGAGUUUUCCGGGGCCCUCUCAGCAAGAACGGGAACAAAACUCUGGAUUAUGCUGAGAAGGAGAACACCAUAGCAAAAGCUCUGGAAGAUCUAAAGGCCAAUUUUUACUGUGAACUCUGUGACAAGCAGUACUAUAAGCAUCAGGAGUUUGACAAUCACAUUAAUUCAUAUGACCAUGCUCACAAGCAGAGGCUCAAAGAACUGAAACAAAGGGAAUUUGCUCGAAAUGUAGCAUCUAAAUCCAGGAAAGAUGAAAGAAAACAGGAAAAGGCACUCCAACGCCUGCACAAGCUGGCUGAGCUAAGAAAGGAAACUGUAUGUGCUCCUGGAAGUGGCCCCAUGUUCAAGUCAACAACCGUUACUGUGAGAGAAAAUUAUAAUGAAAUUUCCCAAAGAGUUGUUGUGGAUUCAGUUAAUAACCAGGAAGAUUUCAAAUACACUUUGAUUCACAGUCAAGAGAAUGCUAAAGAUGUCACCACUGUUGCUGCAGAUCCAGAAAGCACGGAUAGUUAUACUGCCAAAAAUAACCAACUUGGAGAUCAAGCCCAGGGAAUUCACAGACACAAAAUUGGCUUUUCUUUUGCAUUUCCAAAGAAAGCAUCCGUGAAGCUGGAGUCGUCAGCUGCAGCCUUUUCUGAUUACAAUGAUGAUGCCUCUGUGGAAAGGGGAUUUAGCAGAAAAAGUAGAUUUGUCCCCGGUGCUUGUCAUCUUCAGCUAUCUUCACCAACAGAUGUGCUUUUAAGUUCUGAGGAGAAAGCUAACUCUUUUCACCCACCAGAGGUAAUGUGCACUGAUAAAGAAAAUGCACCAACUCAAGAGAUGAAAGAAGUUUCUAGUGGAAAAGAUCCAUUAUUUUCACCUCCAUUUUGCCAGUUUCAGCCCUCUUUAUCACUUGAUACAGAUAAUUGUCAAAAUUCUGUCCCAUUAACAGAUCAAAUUCCAGUGGAAGAUGUUGUUUCUAAUGAAGAGAUACCUACAAAUGGCAACAGUUCUGAGCUGCUAGAAAAUAAAUCCACAGUUCUUGAUGUGGCUAACGACUGUGUAUCUUUGCAAGCUACCGCAGAGGAAAAUGUUAAGGAUAAUGGUACAUCCACAAUUGAAGCUGAAAAUAAAAGUCACAGCCCUGACAUGUUGGCCUCUUCAAAUUCUGAAGAGGAUAAUAUAAUCUUACAUAGGAAAACGGACUUACAUAAAAGACCAUGCAAGCCAUUUGUACCUGUGCUUAACAAAGAUGGAUCCACAGUUCUUCAGUGGCCAUCAGAAAUGCUGAUUUACACGACUACUCAACCAUCAGUUUCCUAUAGCUGUAAUCCUCUCUGCUUUGACUUUAAGUCCACUAAAGUAAACAACAAUCUAGAUAAAAACAAGCUGCCCCUAAAUGAUCUUUAUUCUCAGCAGAAGGAAGACAUCUACAAGAGAUCAGUUUCAGGCUGCAAGGAUACAUUUAUUGCAGGACUCACUGAUUAUGAAAUUGGAGGCAGUGAAAAUGAAUAUACCCAAGUUACUCCUCUUUUGGCUGAUGAUAAGCUCUCCAAUAGCUGUGAUUCUGGAAAAAAUGAGAAUAUGUGUCAGAGGUAUAAAAAUAUUUCCUGUAGGAAUAGAAAAACAAAAAAAUACACUUUUACUAAAAAUCAGAAGAAAGAGCAUGCUCCAGGUGGCAAGUACAACAGAAUAAGAUUGAAAGAUGCUCAUGAACACUGGUUCCAUAAAAGUAGAAGGAAGAAAAAAAGAAGAAAGUUAUGUCACCAUCAUUAUGGAGAGAAAACCAAAGAAUCAGAAACUCACUUCAAAAUGGAAACAGAAAAUAGUUACACAGAUAGAACUAGGAAAAAUUUACUGGAAAGAGUUUCAGGAAAACAGUAUUUAUUAGCUGCAGAUCAGUUAUUAGAUUCACAGCAAUUACCUGAUAAAAGGCCCAAACCAGCAUCCAUAUACUUAAGUGAAAAUGAAGAAAUGUGUAAAACUCAGAACACUGAAUACAAUAAUAAUGAUAUUAUCAGUUCUAUAAACCAUUGUAAAAAGAAUUCAGUUGUUUUAAAUGGACAAUCCAAUUCAACAAUGGUACAUCCUGGGAAACAUAAUUUAACAUACUCCAGAACUUACUGUAGUUGGAAAGCCAAAAUGUCCAGCUGUAGUCAUGAUCACAGAUACUUAGUUCUUCAAAAUGAUAUGAAAUGCAUGAGUCAGAACCAGGCGGUUAAAAGAGGUUAUAAUUCUCUCAUUAAUGAAUCAGAAAGAUGCCAUCGAAAGCGUAGACAAUAUUCAUAUUCUUAUUCUUCAGACGAAAGUUUAAAUCAACAUCAUUAUUUACCAGAAGAAUUUUUGAGGCCACCCAGUGCUUCUGUUCCUUGUAAACCUAAAAGGAAACGGAGGAGAAAAAGAAGCAGAUUCCACACUAGUUUUGAAGCUUUGGAACUCAAAGAGAAGGCAGAUUAUCCUACUAAAUCUUCAUUACAUCACCAGGAUGAAAUAAUAAACAAAGACAAAAAAGAGGAAAUAAAACCACAAGAAAUUGCAGAUGUCAAAAGGAACUCAGAACAAAUAGACCAAGUAGAAAACAGACUGGCUUUGCACACCAGCAGUCCCCUUCCUUCUGAAACCAGUGGUGAAACUGAGCACAUCGUAAUGGAAACCACGUCUGGUGAACUGCCAGAGAUUUCCAGUGAACCCACCACGUCAGUGUAUAUAGCUAGUGCCCCAGCAAAAGAAGAAAUCAAUGGUACCUUGCUCAAACACAAAGAAAGAAGUGAGAAUAUAAAUACUAAUGAAAAGCAGACUCCUUUCAAGAUGCCUCCUAUUGAAAGAAACUUUAGACAGCCACAACCUAAGUCAUACCUUUGCCAUUAUGAACUGGCUGAGGCCCUUCCACAAGGAAAGAUGAAUGAAGCAUCUACUGAGUGGCUGUGUUUUAAUUCAGGAAUCCUUAAUGCACAACCACCAUUACCACUCAAAGAAGCACACAUCAGUGGCCAUGCCUUUGUAACAACAGAGCAAAUCUUGGCUCCAUUAGCUUUACCAGAACAAGCAUUGUUGAUCCCAAUAGAAAACCAUGACAAAUUCAAAAAUCUACCAUGUGAAGUCUACCAGCACAUCAUACCACCCAACGUGCUGGCCAACAAGGUCAAAUUCACUUUUCCUCCAGCUGCCCUCCCACCCCCUAGCACACCUCUGCAGCCUUUGCCUUUACAGCAGCCCUUAUGUUCUACCUCUGUAACCACAAUCCACCACACUGUUUUGCAGCAGCAUGCGGCAGCGGCUGCAGCUGCAGCCGCUGCUGCUGCUGCAGGGACCUUUAAGGUAUUUCAACCGCACCAACAGUUUCUGUCCCAGGUCCCAGCUCUUACCAGAACGGCAUUACCUCAGAUCUCAGUUGGACCAGUAGGACCAAGGCUUUGUCCUGGGAAUCAGCCAACUUUUGUUUCUCCUCCUCAGAUGCCAAUCAUUCCAGCUUCAGUUCUUCAUCCUAGCCAUCUGGCCUUCCCACCUCUCCCCCAUGCACUCUUUCCCUCACUGCUCUCCCCCCACCCUACAGUCAUCCCACUACAGCCCCUCUUCUAGUCAUCGCUGUGAAAGGGAAAGAAAAUGCUCAUGUGGAAACUACUGCUAUGUGCGUAAAUGCUCAACUAAGUGGAUAAUUGCCUAUUUAAAUGGUGGACAUAAACUAGCCAAAAUAUGGCAUCAUUGAUAUGAAAUGAUUUACUGUAAGUGUAAUGAUACAAAUAAAUUCUUAAGUUUCUGAUAUAUAAUAUUAUUAAGGCACUGAAUAGUUUGAAAAUCAAUACAAUAUAUUCUGUAUAUUAAAAUGAUGUCUUAAGAGUAUGUAUAAUGUACAUAAAAUAUAUUUAUAGUACUAUAAUUUAUGUUGUAAAGUAUGCUCUUUGUUUUUUUUAAUCUCUGUGUAUUUGCACCUAUUUAAUGUUUAGACAAAGCUGAUGGCACUAUGUUUUGUACCAUGUUCCUUGAAACUGUAAAUUCAGUGAAAGAUAUCUCUUGCAAUAAAUUUUUGUUAAAUACUUAAGUAAA